AUGGCUCGGUUACUCUUAGCGGUUGUAUGUGUGUUUUUCUUAAUUUUUACUACCUUCGCCGAUAAAGAACAUGAAGAACAUGGUCACGGUCAUCAUCAUCAUCAUCAUGAUCACGAUGGACAUGAUCAUCAUGAUCAUGAAGCACAUAAAAACUUAUUUAGUGGAUCAAUCAAAGAAAAAGAUGAAGAAGGAGAACAAGAAAGACUUCGUUAUAUUGCAAUGAAAAUUGAUACAGAUCAAAAUGGUCAAAUAUCACGUGAUGAAAUGCGUACUUAUAUUCAAGAACGUAUAAAAGAUCAAAAUGCUCGUGAAGCAACUGAUUUUAUUUCUACACUUGAUCCAACAAAUAAAAAUCAAAUCACAUUUGAUGCAUAUGUUCGUGAUAGUUUUGGUGAUACUGAUAUAAGUCAAUUGGAAAAAACGGAUAAAUCUGAUUCACGUGCACGUGAAACUCGACGAACUUAUUUUUCCGAUAAAGCAAAAUGGGAUCAUCUUGAUACCGAUGGUGAUCAAUCAUUAUCAUAUGAAGAUUUUCGAAGAUUUCUCCGACCAGAAGAUGAUGAAAACUUACGUAAACUUGAAAUAAAUAGUAUUAUUAAAGAAUACGAUGAAAAUGAUGAUGGAAAAAUUUCUAAUGAUGAAUAUUUAAAAAUGACAGAAGCUGAAACUGGUCAAGCUGAAUCUUUAGGUGAAGAACUUGAUAUAAACAAAGAUGGUUUUGGUGAUUAUGAAGAAUUUGCUCGUUAUUAUUUACCCACAUCAUCAUCAACAACCGAUGAAGAAGCUGAUCAUUUAUUAAAAGAAUGUGAUGCUGAUCAAAAUGGUGUUUGUACACCAGAUGAAAUAGUCAAUGCAUAUACAUCUUUUGCUGGCUCACAAAUAACAGAUUUUGGUGCUGAUCUAGAACGUAAAGAAGAACUUUAG